AUGACAAGUAUCCUGCCUCCACCCAAGCUACUCGAUGUUACCGGCGAUCUUUGGAAAGCUUGGAAGUUGUGGAAAGGCGAGUUUAGACUCUUCUCUACAGCGACAAAUCUAAAGGCGCAGCCAAAGGAAGUUCAGGCCGCGACCUUCUUGGUUACACUGGGUGAAGAAGGCAGGAAGAUAUGCAAUACGCUACAGCUUGAAACCGAAGCGGACCGUGACGAUGUCGACAAGCUUAUCCAGAAACUGGAAGAGCACUGCAAACCGACGCUCAAUUUAACGUACCAGGAAUUUCUGUUCGGAUCGCGAAACCAGAAAGAAGUGGAGCGAUUUGACGAGUGGCUGACAGAGCUUCGGAUACUCGCUGCUAGCUGCGAGUUCGGGACCUUGGAAAAACGCAUGCUGCGUAGCCGCUUAAUCCUUGGAGUUCGCGACAAGAAACUUCAGCAAAGGCUGAUCUCGGAAAAUCCGUCAUGUGAGAAGGUUAUAGAAACAUGUCGGAUGAGAGAGCUCAGCAAGCAGCAGUUUGACGAUAUCCAGAAGGAAAAAGAUGAAGUGAAGGACGUUCACGCUGUCACGAAGCGAACGAGAACUUGUUCGAAGUGUGGAUAUACGCACGAUAAAGAUGCAUGUCCGGCGCAAGGUAAAGAAUGCAAGAGUUGCGGUAAACUUAACCACUUCGCCAGUGUGUGCAGAAGCAAAGGACAACGAAAGAAAUAUAGAAGGAAGCCGAAGGCAAAACAAGUCCUUGAAGUGGAACGUGAAGAAGACACUUACUUCUUGCAAAUGCUGUCCGUAAAUAACGUCGCAUCCAGCGAUCUCUGGUCUGCUGAGGUUACGAUCAAGGACGUGAAGCUAAACUGCAGAGUAGACACUGGUGCCAAUUGUUCCAUAAUCUCAGCCGGGCAGUUGAGAAAAGUCACUAACAAGAAGACUUCAAAAUGCAACGUUACUUUGAACACCUUCUUUGGCUUCAAGCAAAAGGCCGCAGGCAGGAUUCCUCUGCAAGCAUCAUGUAACGGUCAAAGCAGAAAGGUGCUGUUCUUCGUCGUACCACAUGAGGUACCGCUUACCGUGAGGGGGAAAGCGUCGGAAAAACUAGGUCUGAUCCAGCGCACAGUGCAUUCGGCAGUUGCUACAAAAACAAGCGACGAACAUCACUUGUACGGACAAGCACAACCUUAUCGCGACGUCUUUGAAGGCCUUGGAAAGCUAAAACGGGUACAGUACCACAUGAAGUUAACACCCCAUGCAAAAGGAGUUGUAAAACCAGCAAGGCGGAUUGCCGUUGCACUGAAAGACAAAGUCAAGCGCGAACUCGACCACAUGGAAGCCGACGGAGUAAUCGCCAAGGUGACGGAACCUACCGAGUGGGGGAGCAACAUGGUGGUCGUGGUCAAGAAAGAUAAGGUCAGGAUAUGUCUUGAUCCCGCAGAUCUCAACAAGGCGCUCCUUCCGGAACACUACCCCAUGGCGACACUCGAAGAUAUCGCGCCGCGUCUGGGAAAGGGAAAGUACUUUUUUCGACACUUGACGCAUCGUCUGGCUUUUGGCAAAUUCAGCUCGACAAGGACUCCUCAUACAUCUCUACUAUGA